GAUCAGCCAUUUUGCUUUUUCUUUGUGCUGAUCAUAAAUAUAACAAGCCGGACCGCUAAAUAGCUCAGUUUUUGUGAUAAUCUAACUAAAUACCACUGACCAAAGCACCUGAACAGUGAUACAAACGUAGAUAAAGCAGAUAAAUCCCAAUAAAAAAUGUCUACCUCAAAUAAACGAAAGAAGGCCCCUACCAAGAAGGUAGCCAACAAGAAAGGCAAGAGAAAGGAAGACAUGGAUUCGGACAUGAGCGAUGGGGGUGUAAACGAGAAUGGGGUGCAGCCAGACGAGGUGCUGAUUGCUGGCCAUGGGGAUGUUUUGGAUGAGCCUACUCCACUGCCUAAGGAACUGCUCAAUACGCUGAUCAAGCCUGCAGGGCUGUUUAUCUACUUUGGGAAUGUCAACUGGGACUCUAUGGGGAAAAGGGAGGUGAAGGGACAAAAGGUGUUUCCCAAUUUGUAUUUGCCCCACAGGUUUAUGAAUUUACGGGUCCGGCUGGUGGCCAGCGGCUGCGUGGCCGGCCAUUGCGUCAUCGUCACCGAGGAGGGCAAGGCGAUGACGAUGGGCCGCAACACGCAGGGCCAACUGGGUCUCGACCACACAGACACCGUCAACGUGCCCACUUUGGUACCAGCCAUGGAGAACAUGAACGUGAUCGGUGCCGCGUGCGGGAGACAUCACACGUUGCUGCUCACUGAUACCGGGACGGUGUACGCUUUCGGAGAUAAUAGAUCUGGCCAGUGUGGUGUUGGGAAUCUACAGCCGCAGUUACUGACGCCGACGAGGAUCAACUAUAGGGGGCCUCCAAUCAUCAAGGUGGGCGCUGGAGCUGACUUUUCCGUCAUCCUUGAUGUCAAAGGCGGCCUGCAUUCCUUCGGCCUACCCGAAUAUGGCCAGCUCGGCCACAAUACGGACGGCAAGUACUUCAAGACGACCACCAAGCUUUGCUUCGACUACCAGACGAGCCCGAAGCGCGUCGUCCUCUACAUAGAGAAGAGCAAGGACGGUCACGUGUCGCCGGUCGACGUCACCGAAAUAGUCGAUUUCAGCUGCGGCCAAAAUCACACGGUCGCCAUCGACAGCAAGAAGAGGGCCUUCUCGUGGGGCUUCGGCGGGUUCGGUCGUUUGGGGCACGCCGAACAAAAAGACGAAAUGGUACCCCGUCUGAUCAAGUACUUCGACAGCCAGUCGCGCGGCAUCCGCUCCGUCCAUUGUGGCUCCACCUAUUCCUUGGCCAUCACCGAGUACAACGGCCUCUUCAUGUUCGGCCAGACCAAAAAAACGGGCGAAGCGAACAUGUACCCGAAGCCCAUCCAAGAUUUGGCCGGAUGGAACGUAAAGCACGUGGGCACGGGCCAGACUUCUAUAGUGGUGGCGGCCGAUGAGACUGUUAUAGCGUGGGGCGGGUCACCCUGUUACGGGGAAUUGGGGAUCGGGGAGAUACAGAAGACUAGCACUACCCCUAAGGAGGUAAACAAAUUAAGUGGGGUAAAAUGUAAUGGUCUGGCUAUGGGAAUGUGCUUCACCAUGAUGAUAGCGGCAGACGAUACCCCCGAACAAAAACAGAAACUGGAGGCCCUCAAGGAGUAUAUCCCCUCCUCCUAGGUACCUAUAGUUGAUAAUGGUUUUUAGACUUUCUAUAUUUCCCACCCGUAUUUAUGUCUGAAAAAAAAAAUGAAUGGUAAUUCGACUGAUCUUUCUGUGAAAAUGAAUGAAAGCUCAGUUGAGGAACGAAAAAUAUAAAAAAAAUCUUCUGAACACUGGAGGCUAGUGGUACCUACACAAUUGUUAUAAUAUUUUCUGAAAUUUCGCGAGUUUAUCAAGUAUAGCAUUCCUUAGAUGUAUAUUUCAAAGGAAUCAUUCAGUAUUUUUUAUUUUUAUAUUUAGUGGCGUUUGUUUCGAUUUUCUUACUAUGUGGAGAAAUAUUAUGCCAAUUUUAUCUUUUCAAUUUGACUUGUUUAGUAUACUAGGUGUAAUUUUUGUAAUUGUUUAAAUAUAUUAACUUGAGAAUUUGCAUUGUAAAUUUCCCCCAAAAAAGAUUUUAUCUAAUGAGAAGAAAGAUGACUUCUUGUUUCCCUUUCACUAUGCCUUUUUUUCUCAAUUCAAACUACACCUAAUUUUCAAAACUUGUGUAUUUUUUUCUGUUCUGUUGGUUACCUUUUUUAUUCCUAGUAUAUUUUCCACAGUCAUUUAUCUUUUAGUUGAAAUAAAUCGAUGAAAAAAUUAUUAA